GGGGGUGAGGGAAUGUUGGACUGCAAUGGAGCAGAAUGCCAUACAGUGGUUAGGCCCCCCAUGCUGCCUGCGAGGCUCCUUCGCUUUCUACAAGUCUGUGAGCUUCAGGCCCGAGGCUGGUGGCCCCGUGAAGGUCUGGAGACUGGGAGAGUUCUAUUAUGUGCGCUGUGGCCCUCAGGAGCCCGUGUGUAUCACUGAGAUCACUCUGCUGUGGGAGGAUCAGAGACAGCGUCAUCCUCUGGCCAGCUGCAGACUCUAUUACCUACCAGAAGACACGCCCAAGGGCAGAACUAAGGAACACGGAGAGGAUGAAGUCAUUGGUGUCUCGAAGAAAGUUGUGGUGCGUGUGGAGCAUCUGGUGAAAUGGACCUGUCCGGAACCACCGCAAUGGAAACAGAACACCACAAAGAUCAGCGACCUUCAUGGACUUAAUGGUUCUCCGUGUGUAAAGGAUCCGGAGGAUAUUAAAACCAAGGAUGAUGUUUCAGGAGUUCAGCACAGGGUUAAGGUGCUCAGUUACCCGCAGUACUGCCGCUUUCGCUCCCUGCAGAAACGGACCCAGAACCACACUGGCUGGUCCACUCCUCAGGACCCUCACCUCCUGGCUUUGGGUUGGAUCAAAAUGACUCUACACAACACCCGAAUCCUGUACUGCAGAGACACUUUCUGCCAUCCUAGUCUCGGAACCAACCCGAGUUUAACUCCUGAGUUUGGAUGCCUGUCUGUAAGCCUGAAGGGACGACCGCGGAAAAGACGAGGCAGAGACGGCGACGGAACCGAUCAACAAAACCUUAACUAUUCCGAGUCCUGGGGAGAGAGAGUGAAGGAGAACGUCGUGAGCAGUGUGGAGACGAUUGAGGGAAACUGGCUCCCUCAUCCUGAGGAGAAGCUCUUUCUGGAUCAGCUGUAUCUGUUCAUGGAGCGUCGCGGAUCUCCCAUCUGCAAGGUUCCCAACCUGGGCUUCAAAAAGAUUGAUCUCUUCCUGAUGUACUCGGUUGUCAACAGGCUUGGUGGAUAUGAAGCGGUGACCUCUCGGCGCUUGUGGAAAAUGGUUUACAAUGAGCUCGGGGGAAGUCCAGGCAGUACCAGUGCGGCCACCUGUACCAGAAGACAUUAUGAAAAGUUGAUGCUGCCGUACGAGCAGCACAUAAAGGGAGGCAAUCAGCAGCUGAGCAAACCCAAAGCUCCUGCAGCUUCUGCUGCGUCGAUCAGAAAACCUGUGCGUCGGAGAGUUCCGAGCGCUCCGAGGAAGAACGGGGUCACGAGUCAGGCAGCACCACCAGAUGGCAUCAGGGUGCGAAAAAGAGGGCGCCCUCCUGGGAAACGCAGCGUUAAAGUUUUGGUUCGGGGCAGAGUUGGUAGACCCCCGUCGCAUACUAAAGCUACGAGUGAGAAGGUAGUGAGUAAAGUUGCCCAGCCCAUCACGGUCAUCCAGGAGCUGAGGAUUUCUCCAACACCCACAGCCACCACCACCACCACCCAAACACCCCAGCAGCAAAAAGCUGAGGAAGAUAUGAAGAUCAAGCAGGAGAAUGAACCUUCAGCUCCUGGCGUAUUGUCUGGACAAUCGAAGCAGCAGAUUGGAGGCUCUCUGGAAGGGUUCAGCCCAACGAAAGGGAUGUGUCCCCUGGACUUUUUCAGAGCUCGCUUGGGCCUCAGUGGCGUGAGUGGUCCAGAGAGAACUCAGGAGGCUUCGAUCACAAGCCAGACCAAAGCCAGGAGUCCAGACACGCCGGAGAAUCUGCAGCACCAGUGUUCUGGGUGCAACUCGGUGCAUCCUUCUUGGACUGGUGGCCCAAGAGAAGGCCUGACCGCCAGACCUCAGCUUCCUCCGCUGAAGAUCCUCCCAUUGGACAUUGAUUGUAGUCUUCAGUUGCGCCAGUUGAUGCACAGCCGUCUCAGCGCGGCACACAUGAACACCUUCACCAAACGUCUCUCCGAAGCAUUAGCUCAGGAUCUUAGCAAGACCAACGGCCAUGCCGUGCCUGCUUCUCAGGAGCAAGCCGUGCCUCUCAACCUGAGCAAGAAGCCUACAACCAAGAAGUCUUCAGAUGACACAGAUUCCCAGUGGCAAAGAGACUCCGAGGCCAAGCGGCUGAAGACGGAACCCGUAGACCUUCGCCUGGCUCUAAAGCAGAACGGAGAUUCCUCUGGACAGAUGUUGGUUCAGGAUGAGCCAGCUGAUCUGAGUUGUCCACGCAGGGUCAGGGCUCUUCAAGACAGGACUAGCUUAGGCUUGACCGGAUCUCAGGAUUCACAUUUAUCUCCAAAAUCUGACCUUAAUCCUUCCACAGACACCGUUUUCCCUUUGAGUCUCGUCUCGUCAUCAGGCACCGCUCUGAAGUGGCAGGAAAACGAUUUGAAUCCCAUGGAUCUGAAGCUGGGCGAGACUCCUGAGAGAAUUGUCGGUAAUCAGAACGCAGAGUCGUGUCCUAAAAGUGAGCAGCUCUCCGAACAUAUUCCUUAUAAAGAUUCCAACACAAGGGAUUAUAAAGUCCCCUCUCUUUUUUCCAAGCCAUCACAAAGCUGUUGACCUGCAGGCAUGAAAACGUUUAACUUUUUAAUUCCUCACUCCUCUGUGUGUGUGUGUGUGUGGGGGGGCUUUUUAAUAGCAAUACUGUUCCUUUGCUCAUUUAUAUUUAACAGUUAUUCCACAAAAUCGAGUCGUAUAUGAGCUGAUAGCCGAUGAGGCACGUAGCACCGAGAUUGAGUGGAAUAACUGUUUUAUUCCAUCCACAUUCACUGGAUUUUGAGAAACGGAGCAUUUUUAUUUUUAUUUUUUGCAAAUUUGAUCAAUAAAAACUUUAUACAAAACGUCCGACAAAAUAAUUUCCGCUUAGAAUGUAAACAAACCAGCGAAAUGACAGGAGCAAUUUGUGAAAAAUGUGAUAAUAAUACUUUCAUUCCAUAGU